CUGCUAUCACUGCGGUCAGAGGCGCUCUCCCGUGGUGUCUUCACCGCCUCCACGGGAAACCACGCCCUGGCGGUGCUCUACGCCUGUGCCGCGCUCUCUUCCGAAGCUGCAGCUACAUCCUCCGGCGCAACUUUAGUGUCAACAAUAGCCGCGGCUGCAGGUGAUGGCGACGUGUUGGCUACAGCGGGCGCUUCUACGACUCGUCAGCCACUGGCUGCAGCAGUGGCGGUGGCUGCGGGUGCUGGGACAAAACAGCAGCCGCUGCCACCCCAGCUGCCGGAGCCGCAGCCGCUCCAGCACCGCCAGCAGUCCGUACUCCAAGGAGAGCAACCCACAGCCGCCGCUGCCAGUGAUGCUGCUGCUGGUAGUGGUGCUGCCGGUGGUAGCGGCGGUGCUGGAGUGAAUAAGAGGCUAUGGCUACUGAGACCGCAGCUGUACGUCCCGACUACAGCAUCGCUGUUUAAGAUCCGCAAGUUGAAGUCGCUGGGUGCAGAGCUUCACCUGUACGGCACCGAUUGCCUGGAGUCCGAACUCGCGGCACGCGCCGCCGCCACGGCCGCCGGGGCCGUGUACAUCAGUCCAUAUAAUGACCCGUGGGUCAUGGCGGGCCAGGGCACUAUUGGCCUGGAGCUGCUAGCGGCGCGGCGGCGAGGACAUCUGGAUGUCGUGCUGGUGCCGGUGGGCGGUGGCGGACUAAUCGGCGGCGUGGCCUCGGUACUCAAGGCGGCGGAUCCGAGCAUCCAAGUGAUUGGCUGCCAGCCCGCGGCCUCGGAUGUCAUGGCGCGAUCCGUGGCCGCCGGCAGGAUCGUACCUGAGGUUGAAGUCAAAAACGGUGGUGACGAUGCUGACGGAGGCGAAAGCGGGUGGUCAACUCUUUCCGACGCCACCGCUGGCGGCGUGGAGUACGGCAGUAUCACCCUGCAGCCGUGCAUGGACUGUGUGGAUGAGUGGGUGACAGUCAGCGAGGCGGAGAUUGCGGAUGCGCUGAUCGGGUUGCUCGAGGAGCAAAGCAAGCUCGUCGAGGGUACGCCGGGCGGAAGCGGGAUCAUGUGGGUGACGGGAGCUGCCGCCUGCGCGCUUGCGGUGUUCAAGCGCCUGGCGCCACGGCUGGCAGGCAAGACCGUGGUGUUGGUGUGCUGUGGCAUUCUGAAGGAAACCGUCACGUCUACUGUCUGCCUUCAUCGCUUUUGCGCGGCGUGCAUUGAUAAGUGCCUGGCCGGAAGGCCCCCACAACACAAGGACUGCCCCGUUUGCCGCGCCAACCUGCACAGCAGACGCUCCCUGCGUCCGGACCCGAAUUUUGACCGUCUCCUUCGUGCUCUGUACGGCGAUGUGGUCGUGUACGGACAGCAGGAGGACUCCCUGGUGGCCGCACACAACCGGGCGGUGGCCCAAGCGGCCAGGGAGGCCCAGACAGCCCAGCUGAGCAGGGCGCAGAGCGAGGCGGCGGGGGCGGCGGCAGCGACAGCGGCGACGGCGGCUUGCCCGGUGAAGCCUGUGCAGCAGGGCACGAGCCAACAGAGCAGUGAACGGGCGGCCGCCACCCCUGUUGCCAAGCGCCACCACCACCGCCAUCACCACUACGACGACGGGCACAAGCAGUACGACAUUCCCCCUGACAACAGGGGAGCAGCAGCACCGACGUCCCGUAGUCCCCACGGCACGCGGAUGAGGGCUGGCGGGACAGCAGUACCUGUGGCCAUGUUGAAAGCACCGCCGUCAUCGCCGUCGCCAUCAUCACCACCCGCCCAUCUCACCCACCAUCCCCGGAGAGGACCGCGUUCUGCCGGUGCGGCAGCUGUGCAGCAAGUUGAGCCAAAUGCUGCAACGGCAGCAGCAGCGAUGGAUGUGGCGACGAGGCCGGCGGCGCCUCACGGGCCGCUGGCGGUUCCGGCGGCGCGGUCGGCUUCGGAGCUGUCCUUUCGCCACCCGGGUAUGGUAGUGGUACGGCUGCAGCCAGCGGAUCCGACCGGCGGCGGCGGCGGCCCGCCAGGGACUAGAGCGCCGCUGCCAGCCCUGGAGAAGCCUUUCUUACUGUGCCCGUCUAAAUGGACUGUGGGACACAUCGCACAGCUUCUUAGCCAGUGGAUACAGCAGCCGGGGGACGUCGCCACCGCCGCCACCGCACGCAUCCCGUCCGCCGCCCUCCGGCUGGUCCCCGCCCCCGGGCAGCUGCGUGGGGCCCGCCGGCCUCUGCGCAGCUGCACCUCCCUGGGCGCACUGGCAGCGGAACUGCCGCAGAUCUGGGAGGAGGGCGGCGGUGGGGGCAGUCGGAGAGGAGCUGCGAGCCGCGGAGCAGGAGGCGGCAACCCGCCGCUGCUGGUUCGGUUUCCUCGACAGGCCUCUCCGCCUGUGUGUUUCCUUCCUUCUCGCUCCCAGCCAGACCCGCCCAGCACCUGUGUCCUCAUGAUCGUCACUCAUUGGCUCCGUAACCUGCCUGGACUGCGUGCGAGCCAGGCAGCAAUCGCGUGUCUGAACCCGACGAACCAGGAGACAGGGGCAAAGUACCAGAAGCAACAAAUAUUUCCGUUUAUUCAGCAACCCGUCCUUAUAACACGCAACGAGCCCACCACCGCCGUCAGCCACAAUUAA